AUACUCCGAAGAGCUUUGAAAAUGAAAUGGUGACUCAACGUAUAACUCCUCAGUCUUACUUUUACUAAACAUCUGUUCGUUUAACUUUGUGAUUCGUAUACGUCAUCAGUGUAUAUACUGGAAAUUAACAUUAAAAUGUUAUAUGGUUUAACUAGUAUAAAUCAGAGUUAGUAACAGUCUCGACUCUGGAUCUAAUUACUGCCAGUUAUCAUCGGAGAUGAGGACGUUGUAAGCUAACUAUAAGUUAUCAUCGUAUUUUGAUUUCAUAGCACAAUAUUUCUUUGGUUACUUACAUUAUUGUUCCGGUUUUUGUUGUAACCUAUCACAUCUAGUGGUUUAGUGUUACUUGUUAGGAUUGAUCACUGUGUCCAUUUUUAUCCAUGAAUACUCCAUGCUUGAUUCCCCCGACUUCAGUAAGGUUUUUUCCUAAUCCAGUCAACUUACUGUUAUAAUAAAGUGAGAACAUUCAUAAUUUUGUAAAGAAGGUGAGCGACAAUAUCAACAAUUUUAGGAAACGUUACUUCGCACUCCAUAAGCGUUUUGUUUUCAAAUAUUUGAGUAAUUUGUCCAUGGUCUUUAUAUAAAUUCGUACCAGUAGCAUAGACUGGUAGCUAAUACAGUUUCGGCAAUCGAACAAAAUUCUCCUAUAAAAAAUAUCUUCACCGAAAUACUUCUUAUUUGGUAUACCUCAGUUGGUGUUUUCCGCUUACCUAUUUUAUUUUCACCGACUUUGAAUCGGCAGUAACCUUUAAAGAGCUACAGAUGAAGUUACAUGCAUACUUACAUUGACAAAAAUUGCUUUUAUUUCUUUAUAACAUGAAAAUAUUUGUGAGAUUUAAUAAGUGACAUUUAUGUCAAUAUGUGAUUUGUCUCCGCCUAUAAUGCAUAAGAUGAUUAUGUGAAUAUUUUGGAAUCUGAAACUGUUUUUUUUUUCACUGGUAAUAGUGUAAUAACAACCGUAUAAAAUAUUUCUGUGAUUUCAGUUCAUCAUAAAAAUUCAGUAUUUUAUUCGGUCAAUAAAAAUAGAAUUGAUUGGUUAGUUUUAUCACUCUCUCAACUAAUUAGAUAUUUAGUAUAGAGAUAGUUUUUCACACAUAAUGAUUCAUUUCAAAGUCAGUUGAUCUGAAUUAAUAGUUUUAUUUAUUUGAUUAUGGUACGUGUAUCCACUAUCUUGUAAACUGACUUCUCAUUGCAUUAAUGCUGUAUAUGUAUAUUUCAUUGGUUCAUAUAUUUUCAUUUUAAUUUGAUUAUUACAAUUGUUUACUGUUUUGUCGUUUAUAGUAAUAAUCUUAUUGAACAAAGAAGAAACAACAGUUCAUCUGUUUAUCAUUUUCUAUUAUUACCAAUGGACAAUAUUGAUAAUUUAUGGUUAGAUGGAAUGAAUUUUAACAAAUCUACUACAUCAUCCAUGAAACCAUUUUCAAUUAUUAGAAAUUUAUUACAUUUAAAUUUAAUCUACAUUUUUAUUCCACAGACAAUUAUGUCAAGUAAAGAUAGUCAACUUUCAGAGGUAUUAGCAUUGCAUAUGAAAUAUUUAUUAGAUAAUGUUUUAAUACAAACUAAUCAUCUUAUGAAACUUGUACGAAAAUACGAUAAUUCUAUAAAUUUGUCUCCUGGUCAGUACAAUGAAAUCUCAAAAAUUAUAGAUAAACCAUUGUCUGUAUCUAGUAUUUACGAUGUAACUGUUACAGUGCUCACACUCGAUGAUUCUGUUUCACAAUUAGUAGAAGAAUCUAAUGAAAUAUCGGUUUGGACUAAUGAGAUGUUGAUAAAUCCUAUACCAUGGUUAAAAGCACACGUAGGAUCAGCCUUUAAAAGUUGGUCGCCUUUUGUUCAAGUCGAUUUCUAUUCACAGAGACUUUAUGGAGUUAGCGCUGAACUGUUGAAAAAAAGUCAAUUGUCAAAAACCGGAAACUAUACGUUUUACUCGCAAGAUGAUAUAUCCAAUCUUAUUAAUUAUUUAGAAUCAUUUUUGGGACCUCCUCAAACAGCGUAUGCAGAUAGUCUCGAUAUGGCUCGUUCUAAUCCAGGCUUACAUCUUAUUUUGUUACUAAACACUUUUAAAAGAAAUAAUUCACACGUAGUUGACUGUCCUUUACCUUUAAGGUUUCAUAUAUCAUCAUAUCCAUCUGUAAUAAUAACCGACUAUGCACUUGUACCUCAAUGGGGUGGUCUACUUUCUAUUGAUGCUUCUGAUUGCAUGACAAGAACUGGAUCAACCAAGAUGAUUGCACAAAAAAUUAUUUAUGUGAUACGUUCAGUAUUAGGUUUUCCACAAAUCAAAGAAAUGUAUUUUGAUCGGGAUAUAGAUAACACUCACACCUAUCAUAUUCAAUCUAACAUGGACUUAAAUGGUCAAACAACGAAUUGGGAGCUUAAUUUGUGGUUUCUUCGACGGACUAUUGAAUGUCUUACUGAGACAAAACGAACUAUUGAGUCAUUAAUAAACCUACUACAACGCCUUCCAAACAUGAUUAUACGGGAUGAUGUUGCUCAUGAAGUAUAUCAUUCAUGUUCGAAUUGGUCGUUAGCGCUUGAUAAUCUCAAAAGACCUGAUGAAACAAACGAUUCAGCAUCGUCACACAACGAGAUUAUGUGCUCUCUCGGUGUUACAUUCCAAUAUGCAUAUAAUGCUUUAAUUUCUUCAAAUGGAGCGUUUUUCGACCACAGUCUGCUUGGUCUUUUAUAUUUCGAGGAUGAUCAGAAAUACGGUAUUUAUACGCCGCUUUUCGUACCAAUCGGCUUCGCCUUAUUCCUGUCAACGUAUCGAACAUUUAAACUAGUAUUCCGUAACAACAACUAAUAGGAAAUAUCUUUAUUUUAAUUUUAUAAUAUUUGUUCGUACCGGUAAAAAUAAAGUAUGUAUACUACU